AUGUACUACUUGGACUUUAACAGUAUGGAACGCUGUUUGGCCUUAGACCUGGGCUCAACGCGCAAUGCACCUGGUGGGGCUUUAGAGAGUCAUGAACCCACCUCUGCUAGGAAGCAAAAGCGCUUUUGGCGCGGAUAUUGGACCAAAUCGGCAAAUAUGCUGGAUGUUGAAUUAUCGGAAUCUGUGGACACUGUAAGUAUUGCGGACAGCAGUCACGGGCGAGGCCUAUGGGCGGAAAGUAGUGUGGUUGAGAAAACACUAGACGAUACACAUGACAUGUUUUAA